UGGUCACGCUAUCACGCUAUUUUAGGAUGCGCACAUUAUUUAUCAGAAGGUGUAUUCUUAGUAGAGCGUGUGCCAAGCUCUUGAUACUUUUCGAAAAGCCGUGCAUAUUUUCUCCAGAAGUAUGUCUAUGAAAGCUCUGAUUGUUGAAGAGUUCGGCGACUCGUCGAAGCUCAAGUAUAGUGAGGUUCCCAAGCCCGAGCCUGUAGAAGGAGAGGUUUUGGUAAAAAAUGAGAUUUGUGGCUUGAACUACCUCGAAGUCAUGAUAAGGGAUGGAUAUUUGCCACUUGAAGCUCUAGGAUCAGGGUUCCCUUUGACAAUGGGAGUGGAGGCUGCUGGAGUAGUGGAAAAAGUUGGUGCAAAUGUCAGUGGUGUGACUAAAGGAGAGAGGGUGGCAUAUGCAGUUGUUGGAUCUGGGGCACAUGCUGAAUAUGCCAAAGUGUCAGCAUCAAGACUGGUGAAAGUUCCAGAUGAGGUUAGUUUUGAGCAAGCUGCUACUUCGAUGAUUCAGGGGUUGACUGCACACUACCUUGUGCAUACAACUGGCAGAGUGAAGGCUGGUGACAAAGUGCUGAUACAUGCUAUUUCUGGAGGGACUGGGUCACUUGUUUGUCAAGUAGCAAAGAAUGCAGGAGCUUUUGUGAUCGGAACAACCAGCACUGAGGCCAAAGCAGCGAAAGCGAGGGAGGCUGGUGCCGAUGAGGUCAUUCUUUACUCACAGAGAGAUUUUGCAGAGGAAGUAAACAGGAUCACUGAUGGAAAAGGGGUGAAUGUUAUUUACGAUGGAAUUGGAAAAAAAACCUUUGAAAAAGACUUUGAAUGUUUGGCUAUCCAAGGAAUCGUGGUGUCUUUUGGACUAGUUUCCGGGCCCCCUCCCCCAAUUGAUGUAGAGAAACUCGCCAAAGGUUCCUUCUCCAUCUGCCGGCCGAUGCUGUUCCACUACAUUGCAAACAAAGAAGAUUUGGAGUGGCGUAGCUCUGAAGUUUUUAAUUGGAUCAAGACAAACAAAGUGAAGUUUGGCGACUUUACUGUAUUACCACUGUCCGAGGGAAAGAAAGCUUACGAGUUGUUGGGAAGUGGAAAAUCUACAGGAAAAAUCUUGAUGAAGCCUUGAGCUGAAAAUAUUCGAGCAGUUAAUCUCAAAGUAGUAGUAGAUUAUAGGCUAAAAUAAACAGCAUAAAAUGUAACCAGCCUUUAUAUUAAUAUACUUUUGCGUAGGGAUUUUUUUAGCGCGCUUUUAAGGCAAAAACUAUUGGUUAUUAAGGUAUAUUUAAUCGAGUGCACUUCUUCUAGCGGUUAGCCUGUCGAACGGUAAUGCUAGUUAUCUUGUGAGGGUAAAGAUUUCGUACCUCAAUACCUCAUGAUUUAAUGAGAAUAGUGACUACUGCAUUAAACUUAAAAUUAAUUGU